GUGCUUUCUUCAUUGUUAGUAUAUUGCCCUUCGCAACAAGACAAUAACUAUGCGCAAAAUGAAAUGGCCCAGUUGGGUACAGACCAUGCGACCAUCGUGGUUCACUGAGACCUCUCCCCGAUACGAGAGUUUAGCAUUGACCGCCAACGAUGCCAUUGAUGACAGAAGUGACACGGACGAUCUGGACUACCAAGAUAUAGAGAAGCUUGUCCCACAAAGGCUUCCUUUGAGCUCAUGGACAGCUUCGGCUGCGUGUCAAACUUUGAUUUCUGGUUUGGCCAUCUGCUGGGUCGCUCUUCGACCAAGACUACUCACACCUUCCUCGCAACCUAGGAAGAUCUCUACUACGGACUGGCUGAACGGGGUUCGAGGAGUGGCGUCCCUCUUCGUUUUCUUUGGCCACGUGCUCGGAUAUGUGUUCCCAGGCAUCAUAGUCGUUGGUUGGUCCAGCUCUCGUCAAUAUUUCUUCGAACUCCCCAUCAUCCGACUCGUCUACAGCGGUCCUACGAUGAUCACACUCUUCUUCAUCAUCAGUGGUUAUGUCUUGAGUUGCAAAUCACUUGCACUUAUGCGCGACCCAAACGUCAGCCGUAUCAGCAUUUAUCAAUCUGUCGCCUCAUCAACAUUCCGGAGAGCACUACGUUUGUUCACACCACCUUUAGUGAUCGCUUUUAUACAGUUAUGGGCCCUUCACUUUCAUCUCUUUGCUGAAUACAACGGUCCGAUAGACCCUGGAAAAGCCAAGACGGUGCUUGGACUGUUCGCCUGGUGGUUUGACGCCGCCAUGAACGCGGCCGAACCUUUCAAUCGACAACUUCCAACUGCUUUUGAAGCCCCGCUCUCCAAGAUCGAGACAAUCUUCUGGACCAUAUCCACAGAAUACAGGGGCUCAUUGGUGGUCUUCACCUUACUUCUCAUCGUCGUCCAGACUCGACCCUCUACGCGUCUCGUCUUUAUCCUAACAUACCUUCUCUGGACCGUCUGGGUUGGUCGAUGGGAGCUUUAUCUGUUUGUUAUGGGAAUGGUUUGUUGCGAAGUCCGAAACUUCACUCGCGAAAGGACAUCGUCGUCUUCUCCCCACACGAACCAUUCUCUAAGUGGAAUUGUCAAAUGGAGAGGUCAAUCGUGGAAAUUGAUCAAAGGCAUUAUAUUGCCAUCAUUGGCCAUGUUCGUUGUCUUGUACUUUUUGUCACUUCCCGGUGCCUGGUUCCAACCGAUUGACUCGGACCUCUUCGGCGAUGCCCCUUUCUAUUAUACGCUGAGAGUCUACACGCCGCAAAGAUGGAAAGGCAACACUGACGCCGGGGACUUCUGGAGAUGUAUCGCUGCCUCUGCCUUUUUCCUCUUGGUCGACCACACAAGCAUUUUCCGACGAUUCUUCGAGUUAUCACCCUUACAAUACCUUGCCGAUAUCUCUUUUUCACUCUAUUGUGUCCACCCAUUCAUGCUCAAGUUGCUUGGAAGUAGAAUCAUCCAUCACGUCUAUCCAUGGACAGAGACCAUUCAACUGCACUGGGUCAAGUGGUUAGUCCGCCUUCUCAUCGUGAGUCUCUUCUUCGGCUUUCCGGUUUUUUGGGUCUCCGAGAUAUCCACCAAGUACCUGGACAAGGGAAGUGUCACAUUUGCCAGGUGGAUGGAGAGCAAGUUCCGAAUGGGUCAUGAUUCUGGACGCCCCAUCGCCCUUCCUGCUCCUUCCACAGCAAAUCAAGAACAAGAAAUUCGUGCUUUUGACGACCCGUUGGAGGUCCGUGGAUGACAAUGAAACCUGCUCUUGCUACAUGCAUGGCGGAAGAUAUCAUGUGGGCCCACUAGCUGUAGCUCACUUUACAAAUGCCUUGCGAGACGAACAACGAUAGAAUUCCGAGAAUCUAUCCGCCACUGUGGAAGGCAAGCCUGACCCCUGAGGCCUGACCAUGAGAGACAGUACGUCGCCUACAAUAUCGUCAGGCUGGCUACACCCCC